AUGGGUAAACCCCGUAAGAAGAUAAUAUCAACUGAAAGUCGAUGUGUCAAAAGAGCCAGAGGUAUAAAGAAGAAAUACUUUUCACUUGAAAAACCUUCAGGGCACGAAGGGCAUUACUCACAAUUGAAACGGAAAAGGUAUCUUUAUAAAAAGCUGCAGAGCAGUAUAACUUCUCAAAUUCCCUAUGUGUCUGGUCGAAGUAAACAGCGCUUUAGAGUGAUGUAUUGCGCAGCAGAUGAUGGAGUUAUGCUUCCACCUUUUCUGAUAUAUCCCGAGCCAAAACCCAGGGGUUAUAAUCCACUAACAGCGUCAGUAGAAGGCAGUGAAAUAGCCUACACUAAGAAAGGUUGGAUGGAUGCACCAAUUUUUAAACAUUUUCUUGAACAUUUUAACAACCAUGCUGUCAAGGAAAGACCAGUGAUACUACUUGUAGAUAGUGUAAGUAGCCAUAUCAGCAUGUCAGUGUUUGAAUAUGCUAAAGGUAAUGGAAUAGAGCUUUAUAGAUUAGUACCAAAUGCUACUCAUCUGAUGCAGCCUCUUGAUAAGGGUGUGUUUGGACCUUUCAAGCAGAGAUGGCAUCAAGUGGUACGGCAGCAUUACCGUGCAAAUCCAGGAAAUCUGAUAGGUAAAGAAAACUUUGCAGCGAAACUUAAAGAUGCUUUUCUAUUAUUCUAUAAACCUUUAACAGUAAUAAAUGCUUUCAAAGCUUCAGGGAUCUAUCCAGUAGAUGGAACAGUGAUAACAAAGGAGAUGUUGAAACCUGGAAUAACUUACAGUAGUUCACAACCAGAACCUGAAGAAAAUAUGGCAAACGAUUGUCCCAAUCCUAGUUAA